UAAACUGACAGACUUCCUCAUUCAAGAACGACAUGGACGUCAGGCGCACCUGCAAAGCGCUUUGAGGUGAAAUUUACGAAAAACGCUUGUUAUUUUAUAAAACCAAACGAAGAUGAAUGAGAAGGACACCGAAAAAGGCGGAGGGGGCGCAAGGUCAAAAACUGAUGUGAGCUGGAUUACAGAUAUCUUUAAUAAGAGAGUGUGCACAACAUUUGUGGAGGACACUUUCAGCAAUGGACGUCUGUGUCAGUGUGGGUAUGCACGGGACACCCACCACUCCGUGGCACUGGGCGAUUGCUUCAGCGCGGCUAUUGUCAGUCACUGGGACAGUGCACAGCACUCCUCUGAGCAGCCCACGGACGCCUUUGGAGAGCUGGAGUUUGCCGGAGCCGGCAAGAGACACAGCUAUUUUUUGCGUCUCUCCAGUAGCACAAACCCUUCCGGGGUCUUUGAAAUCCUGAAAGGACACUGGAAACUAAAACAGCCCAAUCUGGUGGUAUCAGUGGUUGGUGGUGAGGGGAAGAAAAAGAUCAAAGGCUGGGUGCGAGACCUGCUAAGGAAGGGACUGGUUAAAGCUGCACAGAGUACAGGAGCAUGGAUCAUAACAGGAGGGCUGAAGGAAGGCAUUGGCAGGUGUGUAGGAGAGGCUGUGAGGGAUCACGUCUCAACGUAUUCUGUCUCCCUCAAUAAAGUAGUUCUAAUAGGCAUUGCUCCGUGGGGUCUCGUACAGAAUCGCCAACAGCUCGUCAAACCUGAGGGAAGUUUCCCAGCAAAAUAUUAUGUCACAAACACAUCUCGUGAGACUUGUAUUCUGGAUAAUAACUACAAGGCCUUCCUCCUGGUGGAUGAUGGGACCGUGGGCCGUAGAGGUGGUGAGGUCAACUUUAGAGUGCGUCUGGAGGACUUCAUUUCACGUCAACGGCCAGGCAGUGCAACCAUUGACAUUCCUGUUCUUUGUAUGCUGAUCUCUGGAGAAGCUGCCAUGCUAGAGGGAUUAGAUGCCUCUCUUAAGACUGCUAUGCCCUGGUUGGUCUUGGCUGGUUCGGGGGGGCUUGCCGAUUUUGUGACUGACAUUGUGGAGAACGUGCAGUCUGCUUCGAUGCCUCCGGCUGGAGGUGCAGAGAAAGAAGAUGGGACUGCUAACAUGGACCUCAAAGAGCGACUAGCAGAAAAAUUAAAGAAACAUUUUCCUGCAGUGAAUGAGACAGACAAACUCGUUGAUAAGGUUUUAAGCAUCUACCAGAACAAAGACCUCAUCUUCAUUUAUCACGCAGAGCAAGAGGGGGCGGAUGAUUUUGACACUGUGUUGCUUAAAACUCUUGUUCAAGCGAGUAAACACCGUGUUGCUGUGAGUACUAAUCCUUACGCUGAUGAGUUGAGGCUGGCUGUAACUUGGAACAGAGUGGACAUUGCCAAGAGCGAACUCUUUAAUGGAAACAUCCAAUGGAAGUAUGAGGACCUGGAAGAUUGUAUGACCGAUGCACUGGAGAACAAUAAACCCCAGUUUAUUCGUCUCUUCAUUGAAAAUGGUCUGAACAUUUUGGACUACCUGACUUACGGCCGACUGGAGAAACUUUACAAAUCCAUCUCUGAAAACUGUCUGGCCCACUCACUGCUUAAGAAUUUCCUAAGUGUCCGCUUGAAUGAGUCCAGCACUGAUCAACAAAACAAUGUCAGUCUCUAUGAGGUGUCUCAACUUUUGGAGAAUCUGUUAGGGGAUGUAUGUCUGCCCUUCUACACCUCUGUAUUCAAGCUGGGCACAAACUCCUCCAAAAGAACAUUUUUAAAGAAAACAAGUAAGGUCCUAAAGGAGAAUUGCUCAUAUCGUGGGGAUGCCUGUAACCACCCUUGGUUAUGUCUCUUCAUCUGGGCAGUGCUACAGAACCGCAGUGAGAUGGCUGUCUACUUCUGGGAAAUGUGUGGUGAGUCUGUUCUGACUGCACUUGGAGGUUGUAAACUGCUGAGGGAGCUGUCUAAACUGGAGAUUGAGACAGAGACUAAGAUUUCCAUGAAAGAUUUGGCCCUGAAGUUCGAGUAUAUGGCCAAUGAUGUGUUCAGUAUGUGCUACCAAACCAAAGCAUGCCGAUCCUUCAAGCUUUUGAUCCGGAAGUCUCAGAUGUGGGGUAAUGCUACCUGUCUGAAGAUGGCUAUGGGGGCUGAUGCUCGUCUAUUCUUCAGCCAUGAUGGAGUGCAGUCCCUGUUGUCUCAGAUCUGGUGGGGUGAAAUGGAUAGAGGCACUGAGGUGUGGAAAGUCAUCCUGACUUUGUUAAUUCCUCCAAUCUGCUUCACCAACAUCAUCAAUUUCAGGAAAUUAGACAGUGUGGAAGAGGAAAAAUCAGCACUGCCGCUACAUCCAACCUCAGAAACAGACUGCCACUACUCAGAGACUGUCUUCUCCCUUGCCGACAUCAAAAACCUCAGUGAAUUUGAGCAAGAGGACUCAAAUAUUAUCAGAUAUCCAACAAAAGGCACUAAUUUUGCAGCAUUCCAUAAAAAGAAGCAACCCUUUUGGGUUUCCCGCUGGAAGCAGUUCUGGUAUGCCCCCGUUACCUCAUUCCUCGGCAAUGUUGUGAUGUACUUCCUCUUCCUGUUUCUGUACGCCUACGUGCUAUUGGUUGACUUCAAGCCACCUCCCCCUGAUGGCCCUGCCGCCUCAGAAUAUGUGCUGUACUUUUGGAUGUUCACUCUCGUAUGCGAGGAGAUUCGAGAGAUAUUCAUUGUGGGCACUAAGACUAUUGGCCAGAGGUUGAUGCUGUAUACUCAGGAUGUGUGGAACAAGUUUGAUGUCCUUGCCAUCUCCCUCUUCAUUGCUGGUUUGUUCUGCAGGAUGUUCAGUUGGUCGUUCAACGUGGGACGUGGCAUAUUGUGCAUUGACUACAUGGUCUUCACACUCCGACUCAUUCAAAUUUUUGCCAUUCACAGACAGCUGGGCCCCAAAAUCAUCAUACUGGGCAAAAUGAUGAAGGAUGCAUUCUUCUUCUUAUUCUUUCUGGCAGUGUGGCUGUGUGCAUAUGGAGUGGCCAAUCAGGCUCUACUGUACACAUACGAUGCAAGCCCUUCUAGGGUGUUUCGACGAGUGUUGUAUAGACCAUAUUUGCAUAUAUUUGGACAGAUUCCUGUGGAGGAAAUAGACACUGGUAAAUCUUGGAAUAGACACUGCACAGAUAAUCUGACAUUGGUUAAUGAAGGACAAGAGCCAUGUAGAGAUACCAGUCACAACUGGCUUGUGGUCGUUUUGCUGGUUAUCUUUCUACUGGUCACCAACAUCUUACUUGUCAACCUGCUCAUUGCCACAUUCAGCUACACCUUUUCUAAGGUUCAGGAGCGCAGUGACACAUACUGGAAGUCUCAGCGUUAUAAUCUGAUAGUGGAGUACCAUUCUCGUCCAACUCUCGCUCCACCCUUCAUCAUCCUGUCCCACAUCAAUCUCUUCAUCAAAAGAAACUUCCGCAAAGUGCCAUCCACCAAAAUCCACCAUUUUGCCUUGGAUUUGAAGGGUAAAGAAGCAAACCAAUUGGUGAAAUGGGAGAACCUCCAGAAGGAAAGUUUCCUGGCUGUCGAGUACAAAAAACAAAGAGGGACAGACACCGAGAGGCUAAAACAGAUUACUGCCAAAAUGGAUGGUGUUCUCAAAAAGGUUGCAGAGAUCAGAGAUGUUGAUCGCAGACUGAGAACACUAGAAUCAGAUAUGGAGUUCUGUACAUCUUCUCUUCUGUGGAUAAUGGAAUCUCUGUCUCAAAGCAGUGUAGUGAAGCCCAGCAAAGUGCACCCUUCUCGCAAAGCCGUAAUUUCAGCCUCCCUUGAGAAAUAAGAAAUAGCCUUCUUUCCUGUAUUCAUCUGCUGUCCCCUGCUCUCACGGACACAUAAACCAAGAAGGCACAGAGAGCCAGUGAAGGUGUUGAAUUUAUUGUUCUGCUUUCCAUUUUUAAAUCGGUCAUCCUGGCCUUUUUAAUGGUUCAUCCUGCUCUUGACAGUUUAGUACACCCAGGUGACCUGUCCUCUUUUCCAUGUGAAUGGGGAAGUGCACAGAAUUAAGAGGACAUACUGCACACUCAAAGGUCAACAAUGCCACGUUACAGUCAUAGAUCAAAUGAACAUGUUCUUAAAAGCAUAUUGUUAGUAGGUUUACAUCUUUUUAAAGUCAGAGUAUUAUUAUGUAUUGCGCUCAUAGAAUCUGAUUUAAUACAGUUAUAAUUACAAAACAAUAAGAAAUAUUUUGUCCUGUAUUUUGAUUCAUGUCUUUCAAAAAAUACAAAGUGGCAUGGCUCAUAAACUACAGUGGGAACAAACAUAUUGUUCUUGUCCUCUUGUACCAUACAUUCACACCAUUGUUCAUCUUAUGUCAACUAUUGUUUGUGAACAAAAGACCUCUAAGCGAUUUAUAUGUAUUAUGUAAUUCUUGAAAUAAUGUUACGGUACAUGCAAUAAGCUUAAUAUUCAACACAGUUUAUUAUGUUCUGUUUAUGUUUACAGAGAAUAUUAUUUAACAUACCAAAUGAAUUAAAUAUCUAAUGUGUUUCUUGCACUCAAAUAUGGACAAAAACUAAGCAAACUUUGUAUCGCACCUUAAGUACGGCAUUGCAUGUUUACAUUUAGAUGUAGAACAAAUGUGUUUUAUGUCAUGAUAUUUUUCAAACCUUUUCGUAAAUUCGACUCUAGUCGCAUCCACUACAACUGUAAUUGCAUACUGUUAACUGUUCUUGGAUUUUGGGUCUUUGAGUAUUUAUAUCACAUUACAUUUUGUGUGUGUGUGUGUGUGUGUGUGUGUGUGUGUGUGUGUGUGUGUGGUUAAUCAUUUUGCUUAUUGUUUUUAUAUUGGACAACAUUGUGAUUGUUAAUAGAAUUUCUGACACCAUAACAUGUGGUCGUUAUUGAAAGGACUAUAAUUUUUGGCAACCUCACCAUAACAGUGCAUGUACUGCAUUGCAAUUCUACUUCAGGGACAAUGACGGUCCUUCGAUCUCUUUCCUCCACCCCAAACCUCUCCCCUCAAAAACGAAUUUGAAAGCUAGAAGUACAUGCAGUACAUGCAAUAUGUGGUACUUAAUCAUGUUCCAUAUGGUACUUUUUGAUUUGUGUAUACUCAAAGUCUUUGUUAAAUUGUAAAUUCUCUGUUAGAUUUUCUCAAGAGCAAAAUUCUCCAUAAUUGCCCAUAGAACUGUCAUAACAUUAGAACAUUAAACAAGCUCAGG